CGCUUUUAGCCGGUUAACAGACCGUGUGGUGAAAUCAGAAUAUCAAUUGGCAAAGCUUGAAUUUUAAAGUAGCUUUAACCAUUAAAAUAUUUUUCAAUUUGAAUUCUUGUUAAGUUUUUUUUUUUUUUUGGUAACUGCAAUAUGUCUAAACCUAUUGUAGGAUAUUGGGACCUUCGUGGCUUAACGGAACCCAUACGUUACUUGCUUCAUUAUAAGAAAGUAGAUUUUGUCGACAAACGUUAUGCUUUCGAUAAAGAUGAUUGGAAAAAUGAAAAAUUUACGCUUGGCUUAGAUUUCCCGAACUUGCCUUAUUAUAUUGAAGGUGAUAUCAAACUCACUCAAAGCAACGCUAUUUUGAGAUAUUUAGCUAGAAAAUAUGAUUUGGAAGGCAAAGACGACGAGCAAAAGCUACGGGUAUCUUUGGUGGAACAGCAAAUGACCGACUUGCAUUAUGCUUUGGUCCUUUUAGUGUACAGAAGUGAUUAUGAUGAAAAAGUCAAAGCCGAAUUUAUUCAGAACAUUCCAAAUUUGUUGAAGCCAUGGGAGAAGUACAUUGGGGAGAAUAAAUAUCUGACUGGAGAUAGUAUAACUUAUGUUGAUUUUAUGGCUUAUGAUGUUUUCGAUUUCUACAGGUUGUUCCAUAAAGAGGCUUUGGAUGAUUUUCCUAAAAUCAAGGCUUUCCAAGAAAGAAUGAAGAAUUUGCCUGAAUUACAAGAAUAUAUGAAUUCUUCCACAUACCAAAACAGGAGAUGGCCCAUUUUUGGACCAACAGCUAAAGAUUGCGGUGGAGGUGAUCCACCUGAGCAUCUUUAAACUCUUGAAAACUGUGAGAAGUCAUUUACACCCAAAGAAAUAGUAGAAAAUCACUUUUCAAUUGUUGAUUAUUUAUUUUGACAAAAUAUUUUAUGACAUAAUUAGAAAAUAUUUCUAAUUACAACGUGUUAACAAAACAAACUGGUGGCUUUAGAUUAAUCCAAUUUUAUAAAAUAUACUGUAUCAGUGUUUCAAACUAAAUUGUGCAAAUUUGAAGUGCUUCUAUAUGCCCAUGCCAGGUUUUAAUUGGUAACAUGAAAUAUAAUAUAAUCCAUAUAUUACUUUUAAAACUUUCCAUGACUAAAGUUUUCAGGGCUUUUGGAGUUGCCUUCUUGGAAUAAUAAAUAUCUGGUUAGCAGGUUAAAUAAAAUUUUGUUUGUUAAAAUUGGUUAAAACUUCUGUAAUAUUUUUAUUAAAUCCACUUGUAAUUAUUUAAACAGUGCAUUGGAAUUUUUCCAGGUUUUGAUCAUGAUGAAAUUAAAGUUACAUUUAAUUCUGAUGGCAUGUUUAAUUUCAGACAAAUUUUUGAAAUGGCUCUGUUUUUUUAUAAAUUUAUAAGUAUAUAAGGCUUUGUUUUAAACAUAUUUUACAAAGCUGUAUUUUUUAUUUAAGAAAAAUGGAUUAUCUGAAUUGCAUUGAAAUACACAUUAAUGAUUAUAUUUUAAAAGGCUGUUUGGAAAGUAAAAUCUG